GUUUUCAAUGCUGAUAUUUUUUGUUACUCAACUCUUGUUAUAAGUUAUAAACCACAUGUUGCUUCUCUCAUAUAAUAUAUGCUUGCAAGUUAUUACUAUCUUUUUUGCAUUUUCAGUUCUGUUGUGUUAUUCCAGCAAGUGGAUUUCUCUUUCCCGUCCUUUGAAAACAUUGUAGUAAAAAGGGUAUUCUUGUAUGGUUUCAAUUUGAUAACUUUCUGUGAUUUUUUUGCGCUUGGAUAUGCAUAUAUGGACUUGCUUUUGGAAAGGGACAAGAAAAGCACCUUGCUAAAUUCAGGACAAAUUUUUAAAUAAAAGUUUGGUGAUUUCUGCUUUCCUGAGAUGCAUCUUUCAAAGGGUUGUAGGGGUGAAGUUGUUUUUUGCUUGUGGUUCUGCUGCUAUUUCCUAUUGGCUGUUGGUCAGAUCACUGACCCUACUGAAGUUGACGCAUUGAGAACCAUAAAGAAAAGUUUGAUUGAUAUCAAUAGAAAUUUGAGCAGCUGGGAUGGUGGAGACCCAUGUACGUCUAACUGGAUUGGGAUUAUGUGCACCAAUACAACAUUAGCCGAUGACUAUCUACAUGUUAAACAAUUGCAACUACUGAAUUUGAAUUUGUCUGGAAAUUUAGCACCAGAGAUUGGCAACUUAUCUCAUCUGGAAAUACUGGAUUUUAUGUGGAACCACAUAAGUGGGAGCAUACCGAAGGAAAUUGGCAAUAUCAAAACUUUGAAACUCUUACUCCUGAAUGGAAAUCAACUAACAGGUUCUCUGCCGGAAGAGCUUGGCUAUCUUCCAGUCCUGAACAGAUUACAAAUUGAUCAGAACAACAUUUCAGGAUCCAUACCUUUGUCAUUUGCAAACCUGAACAGCACACUACACUUUCACAUGAACAAUAAUUCACUUAGCGGGCAAAUCCCACCACAGCUUUCCCAAUUAGGAAGCCUUAUUCACCUUCUUCUUGACAACAAUAACUUCACAGGAUAUCUCCCACAUGAGCUAUCGGAGAUGCCGAGCUUAAAGAUACUUCAACUUGAUAACAAUAACUUCAGUGGAAAUAGCAUCCCAGAUUCUUAUGGAAACAUGUCAAAAUUGUUGAAAUUGAGCCUUAGGAACUGCCGUUUGCAAGGACCAAUUCCUGAUUUAAGCAGGAUACCACACCUUGGUUAUCUGGACCUCAGUUUCAAUCAGUUGAAUGAAUCAAUUCCUACCAAUAAGCUUUCUGAAAAUAUCACAACCAUUGACUUAUCAAACAAUAAGCUUACUGGAACAAUUCCAUCCAACUUUUCUGGUCUUCCACGUCUUCAGAAACUGUCAAUUGCAAUCAAUUCAUUGAGUGGCAAUAUUCCUUCCACCAUUUGGCAGAACCAGACUUUAAAUAGAACAGAACUACUAAUCUUGGACAUGCAACAUAAUCAACUUACAAGCAUAUCAGGCACUACAAAUCUUCCUCCAAAUGUCACACUCAUGCUUGAGGGAAAUCCUCUAUGCCCAAAUAAUAGCACCUUAGUUCAGUUCUGUGGAUCUGAAAGUGACAAUGGCAUAAAUGGAAACACCAAUGUUAGCUGCCCCAGUCAAGCAUGUCCCCCUCCUUAUGAAUACACCGUGGAGUGUUUCUGCGCAGCUCCAUUGAUUGUUCAUUAUCGGUUGAAAAGUCCAGGAUUUUCAGAUUUCCAUGCAUACACGAGAACAUUUGAGAGGUUCCUGACAGAUGGUAUUAAUGUACAUCUUAAUCAGCUAUUCAUCAAGAGUUUUGAAUGGGAAGAAAGACGGUUGAGAAUGAACUUGAAGGUUUUUCCUGAAUAUGUUGACAGUACAAGCUCCCAUGAAUUUAACUCAAGUGAGGUUAUUCGGAUCCAAAACUUGUUCAGAGAAUGGACCAUUCAUGACAGUGACUUGUUUGGUCCUUAUGAACUUCUAGACUUCAUUCUACUGGAUCCUUACAGGGAUUUGAUUAUCCCCUCUUCAAGUUCAGGGCUAAGUAAAGGUGCACUGGCUGGAAUAGUCUUAGGUGCAAUUGCCUGUGCAGUUACAUUAUCUGCAAUUGUUACCAUUCUUAUAUUGAGAAUACGCUUGAGAGAUUACCAUACACUUACCAAACGGCGUAGAGCAUCUAGGAUCUCAGUAAAAAUUGAUGGUGUAAGAUCAUUUGAUUACGAAGAAAUGGCCUUGGCCACACACAAUUUUAGUGACUCUGAUCAAAUUGGACAAGGGGGCUAUGGGAAGGUUUAUAAAGGUCAUCUAAAAGAUGGUACUGCUGUUGCCAUAAAACGUGCACAAGAGGGUUCAUUGCAAGGUGAGAGGGAGUUCCUUACAGAAAUACAAUUGCUAUCAAGGUUACAUCAUCGCAACCUUGUGUCUCUGAUUGGAUACUGUGAUGAAGAGGGUGAACAGAUGUUGGUUUAUGAAUAUAUGCCAAAUGGAACGCUAAGGGAUCACCUUUCUGCUUACUCAAAAGAACCUCUUGGUCUUUCCAUGAGGUUGAAGAUUGCUCUAGAAUCAGCUAAAGGUCUACUAUAUCUACACACAGAAGCUAAUCCUCCAAUAUUCCACCGAGAUGUCAAGGCUAGCAAUAUAUUAUUGGACUCGAGAUUCACAGCAAAAGUUGCUGAUUUUGGACUUUCACGACUUGCCCCAGUUCCAGAUAUUGAAGGAAAUGUACCUGGUCAUGUAUCAACAGUGGUGAAGGGGACCCCGGGUUACCUUGAUCCUGAGUACUUCCUAACUCACAAGUUGACUGAUAAGAGUGAUGUUUAUAGUCUUGGUGUUGUAUUUCUGGAACUUGUCACUGGGAGGCCACCAAUCUUGCAUGGUGAAAAUAUUAUUAGACAGGUUAAUGCGGCAUACCAAUCUGGUGGAAUAAUUUCGGUUGUUGAUAAACGUAUUGAAUCUUAUCCUAUUGAGUAUGUGGAGAGAUUUUUGACUUUAGCCUUAAAGUGUUGCAAAGAUGCGACAGAUGAGAGGCCUAAAAUGGCAGAAGUGGCUAGAGAGCUUGAAUACAUUUAUUCUAUGAUACCAGAGUCUGAUACCAAGAGAGCUGAAUAUGUUACAAGUGAUUCUUCUGGCACCAUAUUCAGUUCACAACCUUCAUCAUCUACUGUAAAGCCUCCUUUUAUUUCAGGAGAUGUGUCAGGUAGUGACCUAGUGAGUGGAGAUAUACCAACCAUUAGGCCAAGAUAGAAGUUCAAAAUAUGUGCCUUAAAAACUAUGGUUGAUCUAAUAUGAGAAUGUUCGUACUUUGUGAAUUGAACAAUGAAACCAUAUAUACAAAUUUUCAUUUAUUCUUUCUGAUGAUUCUUUUGUACUACUUGUUUUAAGAUAAAUGGACAGAGAAGUGGUUGUUACUUGUAAUAUAACAAUUUUGUAUGCCCAUUGAAUUUAAAGCUCACAGUGAAGUUUAUGAUAGUGAAUCCAAUACUUUUGAAGUAC